GCGGGCUCGGCCCUGGGCUCCCGGCCGUCCGCCGUCGCCGGCCUGUCCAAGAUGGAGGGCUCUCCGCCCGCGCCGUUUGCCCUCCGGCUGCUCCUGCUCGCGGCGCUCCCGGCCGCCGGGUGGCUGAUGACGGUUACCCAAGAGCUGCCACUGCGAUCCCGGGCCCUGAAGGACAGCAUCAGAAUUAAUGUAUCUACCCUGAAAGAUGAUGGGGAGGUAUCUAAAGAACAGGUUGUUCUUAACAUAACCUAUGAGAAUGGACAGGUAUAUGUAAAUGACUUCCCUGUAAAUAGUGGUGUAACGCGAAUAAGCUGUCAGACUUUGAUAGUGAAGAAUGAAAAUCUUGAAAAUUCGGAGGAAAAAGAAUAUUUUGGAAUUGUCAGUGUAAGGGUUUUAGUUCAUGAGUGGCCUAUGACCUCUGGUUCCAGUUUGCAACUAAUUGUCAUUCAAGAAGAGGUAGUAGAAAUCGAUGGGAAACAAGCUCAACAAAAGGAUGUUACUGAAAUUGAUAUUUUAGUUAAGAACCAGGGAAUACUCAGACAUUCAAACUACACCCUACCUUUGGAGGAAAGCAUGCUGUAUUCUAUUUCCCGAGAUAGUGACAUUUUAUUUACCCUUCCUAACCUCUCCAAAAAAGUAGAAAGUGUUAGCUCAUUGCAGACCACCAGCCAGUAUCCUAUCAGGAAUGUGGAAACCACUGUAGAUGAAGACGCUUUACCUGGCAAACUACCUGAGACUCCUCUCAGAGCAGAGCCUCCUUCUUCAUACAAGGUGAUGUGUCAGUGGAUGGAAAAGUUCAGAAAAGAUCUGUGUCGGUUCUGGAGCAGUGUUUUUCCAGUAUUUUUUAUGUUCCUGAAUGUCAUGGUGGUUGGAAUUAUAGGAGCAGCCGUGGUAAUAACCAUCUUAAAGGUGCUCUUCCCAGUUUGUGAAUACAAAGGAAUUCUUCAAUUGGAUAAAGCAAAUGCUAUACCUGUCACAGCUAUCCACUUAUUUCCAGAUAAUCCUGAGAAAAAAGCAGAAACCCUUGAAGAUAAAACAUGCGUUUAAAACACUAUCUCAAAUCAUGGACUCUGAAUUAGUCUUUUGGCUCUCAAUUUGCCACUUGAAUAGAAUUGUCUUUUAAAUCACAAAGAAUUUGUUUAUACACUAGAGAAAUUGCUAAACUCCUAAAACUGUCUGAAACUUGACCUUUUAGGAGACAAGUUAAAGUUCAUCUUAUUCUGUAACAGAGCUGGUUAUUCAGAUGAUUAAGGAAAAUUUAAAUGAAGUGGAAGAGAAGAUAUGAAGAAACAUCAAAAUUACCAAAAAAAAGAAAAGGGAGAGGGCAGGACAAAAUGCCACGUGCCAAUACUUUUCAAGGUGCCUUUGUAAAGGAAAUUAUAUCCACUUAAUUACUAUAAUAUAUGAGACUUUAUGAAAAGCACUUUAUGAAAUUCUAAUUUAAAAGCUCAAGAAUUUAACACUUAUUUUUUUAUUCAGUAAAAUGUGCCUUUAUAUUAAGUAUGUGACUCAGCAUAAAAUCACUUAAGUGUAUCAUGAUUUGAUUGUAUCCUGUACGAAGACUACUUACCUUGAAUGCACCAGGAUUUAAAAAUAGUAGUGACUUGUUCUCACUCUAAAAUAAACUUUUUUUGAGGAAAACAA